CUGUUGGUCGUUGUGAGGAGAUAUUUCCUGAUGUUGAUGAUUUUAUCAUAGGAUACAGGCUCUGUGUGUUCCUCGGUAUAAUCGAGUAAUCUGACUGCAGCCGCUGUGUGUCAUCCUAGCCAGAUGAUCCAGUGAUGGACAGCUCCUCGACCGAGCGUUUUUGCAGAAGUGGAAUAGAUAUGAUGAGAAAUUCAUCCCAGCUGGAAAAGCCAAUCCAGUGGCUGACGGGUUGGGAGGAGGAGGAGCUUCAGGUCCCAUCAGGAGUGUUGUGAGGUUAGUGGUGAGCGGGUUGCUGGUGCCGAAUGCAGAACAUCCUCGAGCAGAACUUGGACAUGGCCACGGCUCUGCUUGCGGGUGAGAAGUUGAAGGAGUUGAUCCUGCCGGGUUCCACACAGGAUGAGAAGAGCGGUGUACUGGCGGGUCUCAUGGUGCAACUCAAACUAGAGUUGCCCUUUGACCGGGUCGUCACCAUAGGAACUGUCAUCAUCCCUAUACUGCUGGUCACAUUAGUUUUCACACGGAACUUUGCAGAGGAAUCUAUAUAUUGCUACACCCCACACAACUUCACACGCGACCAGGCCCUGUAUGCCAGAGGCUACUGCUGGACAGAGCUGCGGGAUGCAGUGCCUGGAGUCGACCCCCAGCUUCGGCCCUCCUUGUUUGAGCACAAGUUUCUGCCCUACGCUCUGCUGGCCUUCGCAGGCAUCAUGUACAUACCUGCCCUGGCAUGGGAGUUCCUGGCCUCCACUCGACUCACCUCUGAGCUCAACUUCCUGCUUCAAGAGAUUGACAACUGCUACCACAGGGCGGCCGAAGGCAGAGCACCCAAGAUUGAGAAGCAGAUCCAGUCCAAGGGGCCGGGGAUUACAGAACGUGAGCGGAGGGAGAUCAUUGAGAACGCAGAGAAGGAGAAGAGCCCAGAGCAGAACCUGUUUGAGAAGUAUCUUGAGCGCCGUGGGCAGAGUAACUUUCUGGCUAAGCUGUAUUUGGGGCGACAUUUAGCCAUCAUCUGCCUCAGCUCAAUACCCAUAACGUACCUGAGCACCUACUAUGCCCGUCAGAGGCAGAACGAGUUCACUUGCGCGCUUGGCAAGCCACCGGACACUAGCAGCAUCCCUGAACUCCGGCUGAAUGUUAACUGCAAGCUCCCAGCUGUGCAGCUCCAGCGCAUUAUGGCCGCAGUGGACAUCGCUUUGCUGUGUACUAUGAACCUCAUUAUCCUUGUGAACUUGCUGCAUUUGUUUGUAGUCCGGAAGUCAAAUUUCGUCUUCGACAAGCUGCACAAAGUUGGUAUCAAAACACGCCGGCGCUGGCAGAAGUCACAAUUUUGUGACAUUAACAUUCUGGCCAUGUUCUGUAAUGAGAACAGAGACCACAUUAAGUCUCUCAACAGACUGGACUUUAUCACCAACGAGAGUGACCUCAUGUAUGAUAACGUGGUGCGGCAGCUGCUGGCAGCAUUGGCUCAAUCCAACCACGAUGCCACUCCGACUGUGAGAGACUCUGGGAACCAGACUAUUGACCCCAGUUUGGACCCCUCAAUGCUGGGUGUGGGAGAAUUGGGAGGAGAGCCCUCAGUAAUCAAGAGACCCCGCAAGAAGAUGAAGUGGAUCCCCUCAUCUAACCCUCUGCCACAACCUUUUAAGGAACCCUUGAAUCUAACCAGACUGGAAAACAGUAUAAAGGCAGACAAACCUAAACCAGUCCGAAGGAAGAAUGUACCAGAUAGCAUUAUUGCUCCACUUCUGGACAGCAAGAGCACACAACAUCCUCCUACUAACAAAGCUGCAGAAACAAAUAAUAUAGAGAAGAAACACACUCUUAACCUCUCGCUGGAUGUUCAUCCUUACAUGCUAACCAUCCAGAAAGCAAAAACAGAAACGGUCGAUCCUGAGCCACCCCCGGUUGAGCACGCUCUCAGUAAUGUGUAUAUUGAGGGUCCACAUACAAUUGUCCAUGUCUCCUCUUCUCAUACUGAGAAGAAAGAGUCUCCUCCACUGUUGACCACCCCUGCCUUCUCCACAGCCACCCUCUCCACAACAUCAUAUAUGAAUGGUGGAGCAACCAACAUGCAACCUCCAGACUCCCCGAAUGUCAAAGAUCCUCUCAAUCAAGAGACAGAGCCUGAGAGCCAGCCAGGGCCUUUUAGUCGAAACCCCUCACACCCGCUGCUGAGCAUCCAUCACACACUGUAUGAGGAUGAGGAGGAGCAAAACAGAAGGGACAGACUAGCCAGACCGGGAGAGUUGAUUGCUGCUGGAGAGUGUUGAAGAAAAUUUUAGAUACACACCGACACACACACAAAUGCAAAAGCAAUUAGUAUAUGAACUGAAGCACAAAGGAAUAUGCCCUUUUUUAGGGUUAUGUUAAUGGUUUUUCCAUUAUGAGUGGAGGAGCUCACAUUAUUUCAUUUUCAGAGAUGAAGAUUAUGGGACAUUGGGGCAGCCAAUGUGUAACCUAUUUUGUACUCUUAAAGGUGCACUUAAUUAUUUUUGUUUAUGUUAAACUGGAGUUUUCAAUUACUGCUGGAUUAUUAAAAACGGUUAAUUUAUUUGUGUAAGAAAUAAGUGCACCUUUCAAAAUCAUCUCCCAGCCUUACAUUCACAUAUUAGGACGUGUGUAGUUUGAGGGAAAAUAAAAUCACCCAUGACCUUGGUGCUCACCAUAUGGGUUAACGAGUUCCCUAUGACAUUCCAAAUGAAGGCAAGGCACGUCAGAAUUUUGCACAAAGCACCAUUUGUUCCUGUAUCAUCAAUGUCUACAUGGUUUCAUGUUGUCUUUCACAAUCAAUGUCUGUUUCAUAUAGAUGUCUUAAGGUAUCCGACGCAAUACAUGUAUUCUUAAA